UUAUUGCUUCAGUGGCCAUUCUGUAUUCAUUUCAAAGUGCUAUAGACAUAGCUGGUACAACUCGUUAUCUUGUAGAGAUACAAGCUCAAAUGACUUCUACUGAAAGAAUUCUGGCUUACACUGAAAUUAAACCUGAGAAGGGACACGAGAUCAAUGAACAACCACCCAAAAAUUGGCCAGAGGCAGGGAAAAUAGAGUUCAAGAAUGUUUCGUUGCGAUAUUAUGAAAAUGGACCGAAAGCAUUGAAAGAUAUAUCAUUUCAAAUCAAUCCAUGUGAAAAGAUUGGUGUUGCAGGAAGGACAGGUGCUGGCAAAUCUUCUCUGGUUGCAGCGCUCAUGAGAAUUGGCGAAACUGAAGGAGAUAUUAUUGUUGAUAAUUCGAAUAUUGAGUGUCUAAAUCUUCAAUCUACUCGUCAACGAAUUUCUGUGAUUUCCCAAUCCCCCGAUCUUUUUAGCGGUUCUAUCAGAGAGAACCUAAAUCCAACAGGUGGUAUAAAUGAUUCGGAAAUAUGGAAUGUUUUGGAUCAGAUAGAACUGAGUUUUCUUGUUCGAAGUUUACCAGGAAAGUUGGACCAUCUUUGCACUGGUGGCGGUUCAAAUUUUAGCGUUGGUCAACGGCAGUUGUUUCGUUUAGCAAGAGUUUUAUUGAAACAGAACAAAAUAAUAAUUUUUGAUGAAGCAACAGGCAAAGUAGACAAGAAAACAGCGGAACAAAUACAGAAGGUUAUUCAUGAUGUACUUAAAGAUUGUACAGUAAUAAUAAUCUCACAUCGCAUGACUACAAUUCAGAGAUGUGAGAAAAUUAUGGUGUUGGAGCAAGGUUCCAUUGUUGAGUUUGAUAAACAACAUGUUUUGCUUAACAGACAAAAAGGGUUCUUAUCGGAACUCGUGAGAAUUGCCAAUGAAGACAAAAUGUACUGA